AUGGCCUACUCAGGCUUCACCAACGGCUAUCCGCCAGCGUCAUCAUCACGCAUGCCUUUCGGGAGCCUCGACGGCAACUCUGACGCUCCGCCAAGCGGCAUGACUGGCGAUCCGCAGUUCGACAUCUUCGAGUGGCACCCGGCAUACCAGAGCUGCCAGCGAUUCUUUCUUGACCACGCACAACACGAUGGCAGCGUGCAGGCAGUCUGCGCACUCGUCAACAUCUGCCUGCCAUUUCAAUGGAGUCCGCAGCCUCUAUACAGCGCAUCGGGCACCCCACCCCACGCCGCUGGUCCAGGCGCAUUUGGUCUGGCGUACCCGCGACAUAGCGCCGUGCCAAACGCGCGGCAGGGCAUGAUCAAUUGGGUCUCGCUGGUGCCGUUCAUACGUCGCUUAGUGGUGACUGGAUUCGACAAGGAGGGCAUAUUACACGGGUUCUUCGGAGACGACUGGAGGAAGGGCAUUGGCCCAAUACAAGAGUGCGAGAGGCGCAACUACCUGUUCGCCGCUAAGAGCGCUGGCUGGGCAAAGGUCAAAUACCAAUACGAUAUGUCUCCGCACGAGACCGUGCCGUUCUUGCGACCGCUACAGAAUGUGCAGCUGGCCGAGAUUGAGGGUGCAGAGAAGAACUGGAGCCAGUGGCUAGCGAUGGAGGAUUGGAUGGUCGGACCUCGCGCACCUGACCUGCUGGGCGACCUGCCCGACGGCGUCCCUGAGCAAAGGGAGCGUCCUCAGCGCGAUUGA